AUGGCCCUGGGGGAGAUCGCCAACCCUUCCUCCCCUCCUGCUGCAUCCAUCAGAGCGGGGCUGCAGCCCCGGGCAGGCGCUCCCUGCUCCCUCGGCCUGGGUGCUGGGUACCAGGAAAGCAAUAAUCAUAGUAAUAAUAAUAAGCUCUCCCCGCGGCUGCCAAAGCCCUGGAAGCCGCAGCUGUUCGAGCGGCAGUUCUACAGCGAGAUCCUGGACGCCACGCUCACCAUCACGGUCACCAUGCGGACCCUGGACCUCAUCGACGAGGCUUAUGGGUUCGACUUCUACAUCCUGAAGACCCCAAAAGCCGACAUGUGCUCCAAGCUGGGGAUGGACCUGAAGCGGACGAUGCUGCUGCGGCUGGCGCGGCGCGACCCCAGGCUGCACCCCGAUGAUCCAGCCAGGAGAGAGGCCAUCUAUAACAAGUACCAGGAAUUUGUGAUCCCAGAAGAGGAAGCUGAGUGGGUUGGCUUGAGUUUAGAGGAAGCAAUAGAAAAACAGAGGCUCCUAGAAAAAAAGGACCCUGUCCCACUCUUUAAGGUGUAUGCUGAAGAGCUUGUCAGCCAGCUGAAGGAACAGGCUCUGCAGAAGCAGUAG